UCAAGUGGUAAAGACUACAGUCUAUAGAUUUUGAUAUGUUUUCUAGUGUUUAAAUGAAUUUAAAGGUCAAAAAGGUGUUUAAAGUCUGGUAUUUGAGUGUUUUAAAAUUGCAUAUGGUAUUGUAAAGAAACAAUAGAAGGAAAGCUGAUAAAUGUCCCGAGAACGAUGCUACCAUAUUUUCUAAUUAUCUUAUCAGUACUUGCACAUGGGAACACAUUAAGCGAAGGGGAUGUAUGUACCAAAAACGAUGGGACGGCCGGCACCUGUAAGCUCAUUACUUCCUGCCCCUCUGCCUUACAUGAAAUCAAACAAAGGAAUAACCCUAAGAUAUGUAGCUUUGAAAAGGCUGGACUAGUAGUGUGCUGCGGUAGUGAGCCCACACCUCCGAAACGACGUAGAACUGGUAUGAGGAGAACUACUACGACGACGACCACAGGAGCACCCAUUGAUCUGAAGUAUAGCUCAGAAUGCAGCACAGCAGAAAGAACCGGCCAGAAAAUCUACGAUAAAUGUCUAGAAUACCAGGAGAAAUACGUAUACCCGUGUCGUGAUAGCGGCACGCCGAGCGUUGGGCUAAUCCGCAUAAACCAGUGCAACAGGAAACCGGAGGACCUCAUCACGGGGGGCCAGAACUCGUACUUCGGAGAGUUUCCACACAUGGCCCUGCUGGGCUAUGGGGCCGUGCAGACCAAAUGGAUGUGCGGAGGAGUGAUUAUCAGCGAAAGAUACAUCCUCACAGCUGGUCAUUGUACCUACAGUAGAACAAGCGGCCCCGUUCUCAAAGCUCGAGUGGGUAUCCUGGAGAGGACGGAGACGGUGGAGCCGAGCAAGGAGUACGCAGUUGAGGUGAUCAAGCACCCGGACUACAAGCCCCCACUCAAGUAUAACGAUAUAGCAUUAUUGAGGACCGACAGAGACAUCGCUCUCGGCCGUUACACCGUACCCGCGUGCUUACACGACGGCGGCCCGUUAAAGAAUGACAGCGCGAUCGUCAGCGGGUGGGGAACUACCGUCUUCAGAGCUCAGACGUUAGCGGAUGUUUUGCAAAAGGCGACCGUGACGAGGUUCGACGAAGCAGAGUGCCACGACAAGCUGGACUCGAUCCGGCACCUCAACCGCGGCUACAACCACACCACCCAGAUGUGUUAUGGUGAUAGGAACUCUAACAAGGACUCCUGCGAGGGUGACAGCGGAGGCCCCCUGCAGGUGAACCAUCCAACCAUACAAUGCAUGUACUCCGUGAUUGGCAUCAUUUCGUCCGGGAAGUGGUGCGGCAUAGCUGGCGAGCCCGGGAUUUAUACCAGGGUGUCUGCGUAUUUACCGUGGAUCGAGAGCGUCGUGUGGCCAUAGGCUAUAGGGCUAUAAACAAUAUUGCAUUCCAGCUUUAACUUAGUGUGUGUAGCACAAGGAUCUUCGGCACUUGGAUGACACUGACAGACGUGAGCAUGUCAAAUAAGGGUUGCCAUGCAAAAAAUCUCGCAAUGUUCCAGCGAAUUUAGGGAAACUAAAGUUGAUUUUUAAUAACGUAAGUUUAAAUAUUGACUCACAAACUAUUCGUUUACUUAACUUAAUAGGAAAAUUUUAGGACAGCGUGUAAUGAAGUAAUAUUUAAUAGGAUAAUAAUAAAAAUAGCAUGAAAUCAG